CAGUGUCUGCAGGGAACCAGAACCAGAACCAGAUCCAGAACCAGAACCAGAACCAGAACCAGAGGCUCCUCUGUUAUUUUUACCUGCUGCUCUGUGGACCCCCCCUCCCUCCCGCUGGUUCGGCUCGGUACCAUGGGCUCGGUGCUGCCCGCCGGCCCCUCCCUGGCCCUGAAGCCGGCCUUCUCCCUCGCGGACAUCAUCACCUCGGACAUCCUGCACAGCUUCCUGUACGGCCGCUGGAGGCACGUGCUGGGCGAGCAGCAGCAUCAGCUGCAGCACGAGGAGCGGAGCGGGCCGAGCGCGAGCCCCAAGACCGCCUUCACGGCCGAGGUUCUGGCGCAGUCCUUCUCCGGAGAGGUCCAGAAACUGUCCAGCCUGGUUCUGCCCAGUGAGGUCAUCAUCGCUCAGAGUUCGGUACCAGGAGAAGGUCUGGGGAUUUUCUCUAAAACCUGGAUCAAGGCAGGAACCGAGAUGGGUCCAUUUACCGGCCGCCUGGUGUCACCGGAACAUGUGGACCUCUACAAGAACAACAGCCUCAUGUGGGAGGUGUUCAAUGAGGACGGUUCGGUUCGGUUCUUCAUCGAUGCGAGUCAGGAGGACCAGAGGAGCUGGAUGACCUACAUCAAGUGCGCGCGGAACGAGCAGGAGCAGAACCUGGAGGUGGUCCAGAUGGGCAGCAGCAUCUUCUACAAGGCGGUGGAGACCAUCCCUCCAGACCAGGAGCUGCUGGUCUGGUAUGGAAACUCCCACAACACCUUCCUGGGAAUUCCUGGAAUUCCAGGAGCGGAUGAGGAGCAGGGGAAGAAGAGCAAAGCUGAUGACUUCCACACCUGUGAAGGUUCCUCCUCCUCCUCCUCCUCUUCCUCCUCCUCCUCCUCUUCCUCCUGCUCUUCCUCCAGCCUGGGCCGCAUGCGCUGCGUCAUCUGCCACCGCGGCUUUAACUCCCGCAGCAACCUGCGCUCCCACAUGCGCAUCCACACCCUGGACAAGCCGUUCGUCUGCCGCUUCUGUAACCGCCGCUUCAGCCAGUCGUCCACGCUGAGGAACCACGUGCGGCUGCACACCGGGGAGCGGCCCUACAAGUGCCACGUGUGCCAGUCCGCGUACUCCCAGCUGGCCGGCCUGCGCGCGCACCAGAAGAGCGCGCGGCACCGGCCCAGCGGGGAGGCCGGCCCCCCGGUGGUGGUGGGGGGCGGCGUCCCCUCCCCGCCUCCGUCCCACGUCCCCCAGCUCGCUGCCGUGCCUCACCCCGCCUCCCUGGUCCAUCACAUCCCCACCAUGGUGCUGUGAGGCCCGGUCCAAUCAGAACCGCAGCAGAACCAACAUUUCUUCACCAGUCCAGUUUGGUCGGUUCCUUCCGCCUGGUUCUGUCAUCCGACCAACAGCUGGAAGGUUCUGCCACAUCUGGGCGGCCAGAGUCUGCAGACGGACCGGUGGGGGGUGUUCCAUCGCUCCCUCUGCAGGAUGCGGAGGUUCUGGACCCAUCCAGCUGCAUGAGGAGGAAUGUCCUCCUGUUGAUGUCGUGUUUGCGUUGCAUGCUUCUGGUUCCCUGUCGUGACGUAUCCAUUAAGAAGAACCCAGAGGUUCUAGCAGCAUCAGGACCAGGGUUCUGUCUGAGACCCCCUGAUGUUCUCCUGGGAUGAAGAUGAACGCGCCUGAGCUGAACUCUGCUGUCACUUUAUUCCAACCUGCGUGUGAAACAUGUAUAGAAAGUUAUUGUUAUGUAAUCACCUCUAUCAGGUCCCAUAAAGGCUUAAUAAAGUAUUCUCCUGCA